CCUCCCAGACAGCGGGGUGGCUCUUCUAGGCAGGGGACAAACAGGUGCGCGGGCGGGGGUGGGGGGGCGGUGCUUGGGGAUCCUGCGCACUGCACACGCCCCUCCCCCGCAGCUUGGCGUAGCCCGGGCCGGGCGCGAGCAGCUGUAGGAGGAGCUGCCGCCGAGCCCAUAGAGGUAGGUCCAAGGCACCGCGGGAAGCUGCGGUCUGCGCGGGCUGUUGCUGGCCCCGCGUGGAAGAGGCACGGGCGACCCCUGAGUCAUGGAGCCUAGUGACGCGGCGCGCCCCGGCCCCGGGAGAGCUGUUCUGGUGCUGUCGCCGCGGCUGCUGCUGCUGCCACUGUUGCCAGCACUGCUGGGUCGGGGGCUGCGGGCCGGGGCCGCGGCCUCCUCUUCAGGGGCGGCGGCUGAGGACAGCAGCGCCAUGGAGGAGCUCGCCACAGAGAAGGAGGCAGAGGAGAGUCACCGGCAGGACAGCGUGAGCCUGCUCACCUUCAUCCUGCUGCUCACCCUCACUAUCCUCACCAUCUGGCUCUUCAAGCACCGCCGGGUGCGCUUCCUUCACGAGACAGGGCUGGCCAUGAUCUAUGGGCUCAUCGUUGGAGUGAUCCUGAGGUAUGGCAUCCCUGCUACCAGUGGUCAUGACAAAUCACUCAGCUGUACUCAGGAAGACAGAGCCUUUAGCACCUUAUUAGUGAAUGUCAGUGGGAAGUUCUUUGAAUACACUCUGAAAGGCGAAAUCAGCCCUGGCAAGAUCAAUAGUGUGGAGCAGAAUGACAUGCUUCGAAAGGUAACAUUUGAUCCAGAGGUAUUUUUCAACAUUCUGCUGCCUCCAAUUAUUUUCCAUGCUGGAUAUAGUUUAAAGAAGAGACACUUUUUUAGAAAUCUUGGAUCAAUUUUGGCCUAUGCCUUCUUGGGGACUGCUGUUUCCUGCUUCAUUAUUGGAAAUCUUAUGUAUGGAGUAGUGAAACUCAUGAAGAUUGUGGGCCAACUCUCUGAUAAAUUUUACUACACGGAUUGUCUCUUUUUUGGAGCAAUUAUCUCUGCCACUGACCCAGUGACUGUGCUGGCAAUCUUUAAUGAACUGCAUGCAGAUGUGGAUCUUUAUGCUCUUCUGUUUGGAGAAAGUGUCUUGAAUGAUGCUGUUGCCAUUGUACUGUCCUCGUCUAUUGUUGCCUAUCAACCAGCAGGACUAAACACUCAUGCUUUUGAUGCUGCUGCCUUUUUUAAGUCAGUUGGCAUUUUUCUAGGUAUAUUUAGUGGCUCUUUUACCAUGGGAGCUGUAACUGGUGUUGUGACUGCUCUAGUGACCAAGUUUACUAAGCUGCACUGCUUCCCCCUGCUGGAGACAGCGCUUUUUUUCCUGAUGUCCUGGAGCACGUUUCUCUUGGCUGAAGCAUGUGGGUUUACAGGUGUUGUAGCUGUCCUUUUCUGUGGCAUUACACAAGCUCAUUACACAUAUAACAAUCUGUCAGUAGAAUCAAGAAGCCGAAGCAAGCAGCUUUUUGAAGUGUUACACUUCCUGGCAGAGAACUUCAUCUUCUCCUACAUGGGCCUGGCACUGUUCACCUUCCAGAAGCACGUUUUCAGCCUCAUUUUCAUAAUUGGUGCUUUUGUGGCCAUCUUCCUGGGCAGAGCUGCACAUAUCUACCCCCUUUCUUUCUUCCUCAACUUGGGCAGAAGGCAUAAGAUUGGCUGGAAUUUUCAACACAUGAUGAUGUUUUCAGGCCUGAGGGGAGCAAUGGCAUUUGCACUGGCCAUCCGAGACACAGCAUCUUAUGCCCGCCAGAUGAUGUUCACAACUACACUGCUCAUUGUCUUCUUCACUGUCUGGGUCAUCGGUGGAGGCACAACGCCCAUGUUGUCAUGGCUGAAUAUAAGAGUUGGUGUGGAGGAGCUCUCUGAAGAGGACCAGAAUGAGCACUACUGGCAGUACUUCAGGGUUGGUGUUGACCCAGAUCAAGACCCACCACCUAACAAUGACAGCUUUCAAGUCUUACAAGGGGAUGGCCUGGAUUCUGUUGGAGGAAGCCGGACAAAGCAGGAGAGUGCAUGGAUAUUCAGGCUGUGGUACAGCUUUGAUCACAAUUACCUAAAACCUAUUCUCACCCACAGUGGUCCCCCACUAACCACCACUCUCCCAGCUUGGUGUGGCUUGCUAGCUCGAUGUCUGACCAGUCCCCAGGUGUAUGAUAACCAAGAGCCACUGAGAGAAGAUGACUCUGAUUUCAUCUUGACGGAGGGUGACCUUACCUUGACCAACGGAGACAGCACUGUGACAGCAAAUGGCUCCUCAAGCUCCUACACAGCUUCCACAAGUCUUGAGGGUGGUCGGAGAACAAAGAACAGUUCUGAAGAAGUGCUUGAGCGAGACCUGGUAAUGGGAGACCAGAAGGUUUCCAGCCGGGGAACCCCCCUUGUGUUUCCACUGCAGGAAAAUGCAUGACACCUUUCUAAAUACUGAAGAAUCAGGGAGGCUUUCAUGAGGGUGAGGAUGGCCAAAUGGCCAUUGUGUUUGAGGUGUGGCAUUGACUGGGUUAAAGUAAUGCUUUUGUUUCACUGGGGCCUGACCACUCAGAACUUAACUCAAGACACAGAUGGUGAAGCUAAAGUGUUUCUAAGACAAAUGCAGACAUAUUUCCACUUUUUCACAUAGUAGUACGCUGUUUCAGAGUUAAACAAAAUAAUAGCAUGCUUUAAUGGUCUCUCACUUCAUCCUCCUGCAGCAUCUGAACAUAGUGGGGCAGAUAAGGGGCUUCAUCUCUAUGUUGUAGUACCAGUCUAGUUGGCUCAAGAAACAUCAAGUUGGGAUGACAAAAGACAGCGAAGAAAAGAAACUGAAAUCAGAAUCCCAGUGGUGCCAGCCACUGGUGUUACACCAGACAAUGGAGCCUCUGGCUCUGAAGACACGAUUGCAUCCUCCUGUCACAAUCCUGAUUAUUUGUGUUGCUCCUAGACUGAAGAUUAGGAAGCGUGUCCAUAGGCUGGGGCAUUAGCUCAGUGGGAGAGUGCUAGAGUGCUUGCUUACAGCAUACAAGACCCUGGCUUCUAUCCCCAGCAUUGCAAAAGGAGGGGGGAGGGUAGUUGUUUCCAAGAGUAUUUCAAUAUGGGGAAAAGAAAUCUAGUUCCUUCUCUGGGAAUCUCUAUAAAAAAGUGACUGAAAUGUUUAAAACCAAAGGCAAAUCAAGUUCUGUUCUUUUUUAAUUAAACUGAGGACAGGUGGUACUGAGAAACUGCUGCUGAUAUAUACCACUGCCACACUCACUUGACUUUUGAGGGUACUGUGUGAGCCCACUGCCUGGAAGGGAACUGAUAAGGACUGAAGUGUAUCUACCACAGGGUUUGAGAUAACAUGGAUGUUGCUAUUAUCUAGGGAACAGAAGGCAGGAAGAAACAGAAAAGGCCAUAAACUAUGGUUAGAGGAAAGAGAUUUUAAUGUACAAAAAAAUAAUAACCUGCAAAGAAAUGAAAAGAUAAAUGCCCCACUUCUGAAUUUUUGAACCUUUUCUUCCAUCCUGACUUUGUUUACUCUCUUCGGGAAUUAUGAUUGAUAUAUUCAGCUUUGUUCAGAAAGAUAGGAUCAUGUCUGGAUAAAGUGUAAAGUAGAAGGUAAAGCAGGAGGAGGUUUAGUCACAUCCAUUGUGCAAACUGGAGAAGUUCUGGAUACAGUAUGAGGCACCCUUUACUGUGGCGAAGGAACUGCCCCAAGGUUGUCCAAGUCAGAGCUUCUCCAGAAGGUACUCCAAAACCUCACAUCUUCUCAGUUACAGAGCUCAAAAGCAGUCCUAUUUAAAAAGUGUUGCUUUAACCAACUGGCUUUUUCUUCAUGGAAUGCCUUUUCCUCCAAUCCUAGGUGAAAAUCUGCUUCUUUGUCUAAAAGUUCUUUUUAUGGCAGUGAAGCAGCACCAGCAUCAUAUACAGUAGUGAGCAGCUGAUGAAAAUGUUACUCUUGAUUGUUUCUUUUUUUAAAUAAAUGAGUAUACAUAUAUUUCUGAAGUAUGAAUUUUUGAAAAAGUUUUGGGAACCAGACGACAGGAGACCUGAGGUGCUUGUAGCAUUUUCUGGGGACUUGUCUAGGUGUAGUAUUCUGCUUGCUGUCUAUAGUUUUCAGCUGAGUCUGCACUAUAAUCUGGGUGACCACCUACUGGGGCUCCAGUAGGAACAGGCACUUCUUGAUCUUGCCUCCUGUAAUAUUUCUCCCAAGCCUAUGAAUAAUCUUGUGUCUGCUCUUGUUGACCAUUGUUACCUUGUCCAUUAGUGUACAUUGUAGUUGGUGCAACUGCAGGAGCUGCAGGCAGAGGCUGCACCUGUUGUUAGUAAUAGUGAGCAUAAUAAGCAGCCCAAGCUGCUGACUUUGGAUCUGUUCCUGCCUUAGCCUGGCACAUCAACUCACACUAGGAUUAAGUGCAUUAUCUCCCACUAAGGCUAGACAAGGCAGCCAAAGGCAGGUGAUCCAAAGGCAGACCACAGAGUCAGAGACAGCCCCUGCUCCUACUGUUAGGGGACUCACAUGAAGAACAAACUACAUAUCUGCUCCAUAUGGGUAGGAGGCUAGGUCCUGGCCAUGCAUGCUCUUUGGUUGGUGGUUCAAUCUCUGUGAUCCCCUAUGGGCCCAGGUUGGUUUACUCAGUAGGUCUUCUUUUGGUGUCCUUGACCCAUCCAGGCUCUCUCAAUCCUUCCUCCCACUCUUUCACAAGAUUCCCAGAGCUGGGCCUAUCGUUUGACUGUGGGUCUCUGUAUCUGUUUCCAUCAGCUGCUGGGUGAAGUCUCUCUGAAGACAGCUAUGCUAGGCUUCUGUCUGCAAGCAUAGCAGAGUGUCACUAAUAGUGUUGGUUCUCUCCCAUGGAAUGGGUCUCCAGUUGGGGAAGCCAUUGGUUGGCCAUAAGCUCAAUCUCUGCUCCAUCUUUAUCCUUACACUUCUUGGAGGCAGGAAAAAAUUUGGGUCAAUGGUUUUGUGCGUGGGUUGGUGCCUCCCUCCCUCUACUGGAAGUCUCACUUGGUUACUAGAGAUGGCCACUUCUGGCUCCAUAUCCCCCCCUGCUAGAAGUCUCAGAUAGAGGCAUGCCCAUCCCAGAAAUGUCCCUCAAAUGAUUUCUGUUCUUUCUCCCAGUCCUCCCUCUUUCAUCUACUUCAAAUAUCUAUUCUAUUUUCCCUUCUGAGUGAGAUUUAUUCAUCUUCUUUUGUUACUUAGCUUCUUUGGGUCUGUGGAUUAUGGCAUGGUUAUCCUAUACUAUAUAAAUAAUACCCACUUAUAAGUGAACACAUACUGUAUGUCUUUCUGGGUCUGUGUUACCUCACUCAGGAUGAUCUCUAGUUCUAUCCAUUUGCCUGAAAAUGUCAUGAUUUCCUUGUUUUUAAUUGCUGAGAAGUAUUCCAUUGUGUAAAUGUACCACAAUUUUUGUAUCCAUUCCUCAGUUGAGGGACAUCUAGGUUGUUUCCAGCUUCUGGCUAUUAUGAAUAAAGCUGCUGUGAACAUGGUUGAGCAAAUGUCCUUGCAGUAUGGUGAGCAUCCUUUGGGUAUAUACCCAGAAGUUAUAUAGCUGGGUCUUGAGGUAGAGCUAUUCCCAGUUUUCUAAGAAACCACCAAAUUGAUUUCCAAAAUGGUUGUACAAGUUUACACUCCCACCAGAUGAAUCUGUAACUCCAGCUUCUUGAGUUUCUUGAAUGUUCAUAGUCUUGUCACAAGAUUACAUCUUCAUCAUUCAGAUUGGAAUAUUCUAGAUCAGGCAUUCUGAACUCAGACUGCGUAUUAAUUCUGUCUGGCCAGUUUAAAAUUCCAAGCUAGAGGAUUUGGCUAAGCUAUAGAGCACUUUCUAGCAUGUCAAGGCUCUGGGUUCUAUUCCAAGCACUAAAAUAAAAAUGCCAGUGAAAGUAUAUAGUACCCUCGAGAUUUGGAUUCCAGGGUGGGGCCUGGCCUGUGUGGUUUGCUUGGGAACUUCCAUGAUUCCUCCUGUGCAGAAGGGGAGACAGACUUUUCAAUAAAGCAUCCAAGGAACCCUGUUUGGAAGCUUAGUUAAAGGAAUGGCCUACUAAGUUAAGUGUUCAUUUAUUUGUAAUUGUUAGUGACAAAAAAAAAAAAAAAAAAAAAAAAAAAAAACAGAUUGCUAAUGCAGACUAGGCCACUAUAAAACUUUUGUGCUCAUUUUGCAGAAUUCAAGGUUGUGUUCCAUAUGAAAAUAAAGAGACUUGGAGAGAGAAGAGUAACUUGAGAUUUGCAAAGAGGAGUUUCAAACUUGUCAUCUUCAUUCCAGCUUCUGGGAGGGGAAGGGAGGUUUGGUCUUUGUGCUGCUGAGUGGUCAUACACAAAGGAUUCUUGGAAGCUGUCAUUUCAAUUCAUUGUGGAAUUAAAUUAGUAGUCCCUUUUUUGUGAUCAAACUCUUGUCUUGUUAGUCCCCAUGUCUUAUUCCACAGAAUAAAGUUGGCCCCAUUUACUGCCAGCAACCUGGGGGUGGGGAUGGUCAUUCUAUUGUCACAUAUUGGCAGUGGUAUAGCUCUAACAGAGAGAACAUAAAAAACUCAUUUCAUAAUGCUUCUGUGGGAACUACCUGGAAAGCCUAAGCUUUCCUACAGAAGGAAUUCUGGCACUUAAAGGUUGAGUGUUUCUUCCUAGCAACACCAUAGAAAGAGCAUACCUAGUCCCAUCAUCCAGGGCACUUUCCUAGAGUGACCAUGAUGCCUGGAGCCAAACAAAUCACACUGUAUCAAAUGUCUCAUCAAGCAACAGCAAGGAACACCCUGGGUUGGAGCUCCUAGACCUCUUGUGGUUUCAUAUACAAAUAAGAUUUCUUUGGAGGAAAAAAGAAAAGAAAAGUUAGCUAUAUGUGAGCAGUUCCAUCCAGGGCAAAGGUCUGCUUUACAAUGCUCCUUCCCAACCUCUCCCUUGCCCUGUGUCCAGUGGAAGUGAAUGUAAUCAUGUCAUACAUUGCAUGUGAACCAUUGGUUCCCAGAUGCAGGAACACCACUGAGAUCACAAGACAGCUGAGCAACUCACCAGAGGUGCAGACCAUCCUCUUGUACCUGUCUUGUUCCCAGUAUGAGUUUUAAGAGAACUAAAAGUAACCAAGAGCUGACAGUAUCAUCUAUCUAAAAUGUCAUCUGCAGGGAGGGCUGCUGGGGUGGCAGCUUGCUGAGCUGACAGAUAUAGAUGAGCACUUGGACACUCAACAGUGUCACAGCUGCCUUUUGAUGUUGACUCUUCAGUUGGAACAGGCCCUCCUCUGUGUGUUGAGUUCGAGCUCUGUUGUUUUUAAGUGAGAGUCUGGCUUUCUAGCAUCAGCUACUGUGUUCUGAUGCAGUAAGUUGAAUGAAUCUAGUUGCCAAGAGUUUACUCUAGAAACAACACAUCUGAAUGCUGCCUUUACCUCUUGGAUACCUAAAAUGCUUCCCUUUUGCCCCCCAGUUUUAAAACCUACUUUGAAUAGUCCAGAGAAGUAUCAUAAGAAUGAGUGUGCUAAUGUCAAACCAUAAAAUCAUUCUUUGACAAUUCUUCUUUUUGUUUGUUUUGUUUUGUUUCUUUCUGGGCUUAACUUAUUUCAUUUUUUUUAAUUCUUUAUUAAUUUCACUUUGUAUCCCCCCUGUGGUUCCUUCCCAAUCCCUCCCUUUCUCCACCCUCUCUUUGACAAUUCUUUUAAAACAGGACCUAAAAACCUGUUUCCCACUUGCAGUUUUCAUAGACAGUUGUCAGAUUAGCAGAUACAUCUUCUCACCAAAUUGUAAAGUGCAAAAGUAAACUUUCUUAUGUUCAUUUUCUUUUCCUAAGCAGGGUAUGCUAUAACCAUGACACAUUUGGAAAACAUGAGCAGCCAGGUUUUAGCCACCCAAGCCCUGGGGAGCAUUACAAGGAGGGUCUGUCUGCUGUGUUGCUUUUUGAGAAGGCCCGAAGUGAAUAUGAGGGGAUACAGCACAAGGCAUCUUCUUCUUACAGCACCAUUAGAAGAACACAAGAGAAUCCUUACAUGUCCCAGUCUACCUUCAACUCUUGCCCAGUGGAAAUUUGCCUGGGCCUGUAUAUGCUGAAGAAACUGAAACCAAAAAGAAAGCAGUGACUAGCAUGAAGCACUGAAGGUUUGUUAUUGCAAGCACUUUCAGAAAGUGACCAUCCUAGUGUUCCUGGAUAGUUAGUUACCUGCAUGGGCAUCUGGGGGCUGUCUGUAUAACUCUACUUGCAGGCCUUUUUAUAGAGAGCUGACAUAGUAUAUUUGGGGAGUAUUUUAUAGAAAAUGAUAUCAAAGUAUGUUUUAACUGAAAAUUGAAGAACUGGAAUUACCUGCAGCCUUUAUGUACACUUGCAGCAGGAACCUUGCAGUGUGCUCUGUGAUUUCCACCACUCUCCUUUCACUCAAUGGUUGCCUUUAUGUAGCUGUGUAGAUUUCUAUGAUAAAGCUAGCCUUGUGUUUUCCUGUCCUUUACUGAUAUUUAACAUGUUUUUCUUUAAGCUUUUUUUUUUUUUACAAGAUUCAAAAUAAAAAGAUUAACUGGCUGA